ACUCUUCAUUGAUCGUUUCUAUAGGUCAAUUCCUGGUUGAGCUUUUAUCUCACAGUCAUGACUGGCAGUGACAACAUUAGAAAUUACACAAUUUUGUGGACACAUUUAAAAGUGACAGAAAUCAGACAGUAAAAUCGCUUUGACUGACCAAUCACAUGAGAAACUUUGGUUAGGUGAACAAGAAAUUAGAAGUGUUGGAAUUUGCAACUAUACUGCACUUACAAAAGUUUGACAAAUAAAGAGUUGAAUUUUGCAUAUGUAUUUGGAUCUAGUAUGUUUUUUUGUUGUUUUUUUUUUUUUUUGCUUGAUUUGUGACAUAUUUUAUUUUGGCAGGAGGAAGGGGGGAGAUUCAUACAUGCUGCCCAUUGCAGGCCUGUGUACAUUAGUUUGUAACUAAAAUAUCAUUUCCUCUUGAUUUUUUUAACUUCCAGGUGGACUUGAAAUCUAAUUGACAUAAACCCGUACUUGAGUAAUUCCAACUAUUAUUACAAGCAUUUCACCAUUUCUGAUAAUUUCAAGAUCUAAAUUAUUUAUUUUGACAGUGGCAAAUUAGACAGACCUGUUAGACCAGUUCAACAAUGUGUGUGUGUGUUUACAGAGGGACACAAAAAGUUCAGCGCACCUUUGCCAUUCCUGUGGUUUGGAUGUAGCAAUGGCAUACAGGUGGACUCAAUAAAGUACAGACAAAAUGAACUAUCUUCACCAGUGGAGGGCAUGGAUAAGGCCCCUUGUUGUGGUCAUCUAUUUUCUACUGCUUGUCGUGGCACUGCCCAUGUGUAUCUGGGAACUGGACAGGAAAGAUGCUCAGAAGCAUGUGAUUGCCUGGUUUGUGGGUGGGUUGUUUGUAAUGAUGGCGCUUCCUAUAUCAUUCUGGGGCAUCCUUCAACACCUUGUUUACUACAGCCAACCCUAUCUUCAGAGGCAUAUCAUCAGAAUUCUAUGGAUGGUCCCAAUUUAUGCCUUAAACGCUUGGUUUGGCUUACGUUUUCCUGGGGCAGCCAUUUAUCUGGACACUUUGAGAGAGUGCUACGAAGCCUAUGUAAUAUACAACUUUAUGACCUAUCUUCUAACCUACUUAAGGACGGAGUACCCUGACCUGGAACAGGUGGUAGAGGUCAAACCCAGUGUCAAGCACAUCAUACCCUUUUGCUGGUUACCCUUAUGGCCUAUGGGAGGGUCUUUUAUUCAGAAGUGUAAGCAUGGUGUUUUGCAGUACACAGUUGUCAGACCAACAACUACAGCUAUUGCCUUAAUAUGUGAACUAGCCGGGGUGUAUGAUGAAGGAGACUUCAACUUCAAGACUUCCUGGUCAUACAUUGUGGUUAUUAACAACAUAUCCCAGGUGUGGGCUAUGUAUUGUUUGGUGAUGUUUUACAGAGGAACCAAGGAGGAAUUAAAACCCAUUAGGCCUGUUCCAAAAUUUAUGUGUGUCAAAGCAGUUGUAUUCUUGUCAUUUUGGCAAGCUGUAGUAAUUGCAGCUCUGGUCAAAUUUGGGGUGAUAUCUGCGGAAAAGACCUGGGUAUUUUAUACUGUAAAAGAUGUGGCCACUGGUAUUCAGGAUUUCCUUAUCUGUAUUGAAAUGUUUCUGGCAGCAUUGGCCCACUAUUUCUCAUUUUCGCACAAACCUUUCAUGGAGACAUCCGGCGGUGCAUCUGGUGACUGCUGCUCCUCCUUUCUGUCCAUGUGGGAUGUCUCAGAUGUCAGGGAUGAUGUUGUAGAGCACGUCAGAUAUAUAGGUAAAAAUGUCCGACACACUGUUGGGAGAAGAGGCCCAACUGUUGGCUUGACAAAAAGCACCCCAUCUGCAGAGACAAUACCCCUGCUUCAGUACGGCUCAGAUGCAGGGCCAGGGAGGGAUCUGGGUGAUGAGGGUGACUGGACAGGCCAGGGCUACCAGUCUAACAGUGCACCCUCCAUUGUGCAGAGACACGCUGAGGAUGACAGUGCCAGUGCAGAGGUGGUGCAGCAGCCACGAACAAGCUCAGAGUUACUGUCAUCAUUUGAGGCUUCAUCUGAACUGCUCUCUCGCCCCUUUGAGAAGUCCAUCACAAUGAGUAUGAAUAACUAUUUAGAGGCCAGCAUGCGUGAACAAAGUCUUGAUGAGCCUCUAGGACCUCAGCAUAAUCAACAGAACCUUCCUGAAGUUAUGACAUCCUCUAAAAGCUCCAGUUCCUGACCUGACUUUUCCCCCUUUUCGUAUGUGCAUGUAGGUGUACAUGUAAAGUAUAUAUUUAUACCCAGUCUGUUGGGACAGUUCCUUUGUCCUUCUCAUUUAAGGGAGUAAUCAGGAUUACUGCACUCCUGGUUACAACAUCCACCAUACCUAGAACAGCUGUGAGAAUUACACCUUCAUGUGCAUUAGCUGUACAUGUACUGUUUUCUUACAGGUGGAUCAUUUGUAUACCAGAUUGUGUUUUAUACUGUACAGUAUUAUACAUUGUCAACAUGUUCAAGGUGGCAUCCGUUUUAACUUGUUAUAUGAAAUCCAUAUUUUUAAAUGCCUUUAUGGGGAUUCUGUACAGCAGUUCUUCCACUGAUCAGGUUUAACCUCAUACACAUGUUGAGGAAAUGGAAGUUUGGACUUCAGCCAAACUUCUGAUAGCUUGAUAGAUUAUGAUAAUACAUUGUUUAAACAUUCCAAUGUGAAAAGCUUCCUAUUUCGAAUGUCAGUCCAGCUGUUGAACUUUUUUGAGAUAGCUGUUUGUCUGAUGGUUUUCACACUCACGCCAUGCUCACACAUACAUAUAACUGUAUGAAGAGACAACUUAAGUAUUGAGUAGGGACACAUUUAUCCUGGACAUAACAGAGUUUGCUGUCAAGCUGUGUAGCUUAAUAUCUGACACACUCCACACUGUUUACAGAGAAUAUAUUUGGGUUUAGCCUGGUUUAUCUGUGAUCAUGUUACUGAAGAUCAUCAUUGCAUAGUUGUACAGGCUUGAUUUAUGUUUAAAUUGUCAUUGUACAAAAUUACAUUUUCUACUUGGCUGUAAGAGUACCGGAAUAUACAGUGUACAUCAUUAGCUGUGCUAUUCAUGGUUAAAAUCACCAAUGGCAUUUGUUGUUAAGAUUACCAGUUGUAAUGUUGUUUUGGAGGGUGGUAUGGAGACAUAAUUUACAUGUAUGUUGGUUCCUGUCAUUAGAGGUCACUACAUGUACUUGCGGGAAAACGUGAUAACCACCCAUCAGUCAUGACAGUGACACAAACGAUGCCAUCAAACUCUGGGUUCCUCUGUUAUCAGAGGUCACUACCUGUACAUGCGGGAAAACGUGAUAACCACCCAUCAGUCAUGACAGUGACACAAACGAUGCCAUCAAACUCUGGGUUCCUCUGUCAUCAGAGGUCACUACCUGUACAUGCGGGAAAAUGUGAUAACCACCCAUCAGUCAUGACAGUGACACAAACGAUGCCAUCAAACUCUGGGUUCCUCUGUUAUCAGAGGUCACUACCUGUACAUGCGGUAAAACGUGAUAACCACCAAUCAGUCAUAUCAGUGACACAAAGGAUGCCAUGAAACGCUUGGUUCCUCUGUCAUCAGAGGUCAGUACAUGCACAUGCGGGAAAACGUGAUAACCACCCAUCAGCCAUGUCGGCGACACAAACGAUGCCAUCAAACUCUGUGUUCCUCUGUUAUCAGAGGUCACUACCUGUAGGCCUACAUGCGGGAAAACGUAAUAACCACUCAUCAGUCAUGUCAGUGACACAAACGAUGCCAUCAAACUCUUUUGACAUAUUUUCAUGAACAUAUUUAUUUAUGAAUGUAUGUCAGACUCUUACAAUUUCACAUGAGGAAAAUUGUUAAAUAACUGCGCUCUUGCGGAAAAAUGUGCUUUCUUUAAAGCGGAUAUUUUCUUCUUGUCAGAUUUUUAACUGCCUUGAAAUUUCUUGUAGGAUUUUUUUCAGUGAAACUUGAACUGUUUAAUCAAUUGAAUAUUGGCAGCCAUGUUUAAUGUUUUCUAGCCAGAAGGUUUCUUUUUGUGACAUGCUUAUUUAAUGUGCAGUUCAAUGGUGAGACGGUUUGUUAUCAAAAAAUAGAAAACAUACCAACUUACCUGUAGUUUACCUUGAAAGAUUAACCACCGGUUGUUGAGAACCUGUGUGUUGAGGUCGAUGGCAUCCUGAACAAUAUUCAAGAUAUUUCAGGCAAGGCAGGAGUGCCGUUGGUGGUUUUACUUUUUUCGAAGAAAAAUUUCUUCGAAACGUCACAUGUGAAGUGUGUCUAUUUCUGUCUUUUACAGCGUCGUCUUAUUAACCGGAUUUAAUAAAAAGCCCCAUUAAGAAGAUUCUCCCCGGGCUCUGUCCGGUUUCCUCCCACCAUAAUGCUGGCCGUCGUCGAUUAAGUGAAAUAUUCUUGAGUAUGGCGAUCCAAAAACACCAUUGAAGUAUAUAAACAAAUAAAUAUUUAAGAAUAACCCUGUCUUAUAUGAAAAUACAUGUGUUUUUCACCUU